GCGGGCAGCACGCCGCCGCCUAGCUUGGAGGGGGAGAUGGGGGCGGCGGCGGAGGAGGAGCAGUCGCUGGCGCUGACGCCCACUUGGGUGGUCGCCGGCGUCUGCCUCGUCAUCGUCGCCAUCUCGCUCGCCGUUGAACGCCUCCUCCACCGCCUCGGCAAGGUGCUAAAAUUCAAUGGCCAAGAAGCACUGUUUUCCGCUCUUCAGAGGGUCAAAGAAGAGUUGAUGCUUCUGGGUUUCAUUUCCUUCCUACUAAGCGUCUUCCAAAAAUUUAUCAAUCACAUUUGCAUCCCGGAGAGUGCUGCACGUCUCAUGCUUCCAUGCAUGAGAGAGACGUCUGAGGCCACAGGAGAUGCUGCCAAACUUUGCAAGCGAAAGGGUGAAGUUCCUAUGCUAUCUGAAGAGGCUUUGCAUCAGCUGCACAUCUUUAUCUUUGUCCUUGGUGUGGUCCAUGUUGUGUUUUGUGUUACAACAUUGUUACUCGGUGUAGCCAAGAUGAAAAAAUGGGAGAAAUGGGAGAAAGAUAUUCAACAAGGAAGAAUUAAGGAGCGCCCAAAGCAGUCAGACUGGAUGAAAUUUGUUGUUGUAAGAUGGACUAUUUCAUUCUUGAAGCAGUUUUAUGAUUCUGUUGGUAAACCAGAUUAUCAAGUGCUUAGAUCAGCUUUUGUGCAGAGGCACUACCCAAACCGUCCAGAUUUUGAUUUCCACAAGUACAUGGUUCGUGCUCUUGAGCAUGAUUUUAAAGAAGUUGUUGGAAUCAGCUGGUACCUAUGGCUUUUCGUUAUCCUCUUCCUGCUGCUGAAUAUAAAUGGGUGGCACACAUACUUCUGGCUGUCUUUCUUGCCCUUAAUUCUGCUACUUAUUGUUGGCACAAAGCUGGAGCUCAUAAGCACUAGGCUGGCACAAGAAGCAGCAGACUGUCCAGAUGGAACAUCAGGAGAUCCCUGGACAAAGCCAAGCAAGGAGCACUUCUGGUUUAGCAAGCCUAGGAUUGUUCUCCAUUUGAUCCACUUCAUCUUGUUCCAGAACUCCUUUGAGAUGGGCUUUUUCUUCUGGGUUUUGGCAACAUAUGGGUUUGACUCAUGCAUCAUGGAGAACAAAUCUUAUGCCCUCCCAAGACUUGCUAUUGGGAUCGUCGUCCAGGUGCUCUGCAGCUACAGCACGCUGCCGCUCUACGCCAUUGUCACCCACAUGGGCGGCGACAUCAAGCUGCAGGCGUUCGGCGAGACGGUGCACGUGUCGGUGCACAGCUGGGCGACGGACGUGAGGAAGAAGAAGCCGCAGCACCCGCACUCCCACCUCCGCAUCCCCUUCCUCAUGAAGCGCCGCCACAGCACCCGCGGCGCCGACGCCGAGGACGCCGCCGCCGAGGCCACCAGGGACCACCACCACCACGCGGGCAGCUCCGCCGCCUUGGCGACGGCGGCGGCGGCGGCGGGUCCGGACCUGGAGGAGAUCGUGGCGGCGACGUCGUCGGCGCCGGUCGAGGACGGGCACUACCCGCCGGCGCCACCGCAAGGCCGGCCCUGAUUAAGCCAUCAUCAUUCAAGUUCUCGUAUACGGACGGGCACGGCACAGGUUGCGCCGCCGGUCGAUCGCCGGCGGCGCGGGGCCGCCGUUGCAUGCAUGGCGUGGGAGGCUACCUCUCGGCUUCCACCGCUGGACCAAUGGUUAGGCGCCACGUGGCACAUGCAUACAUUGGACUUUGCUGUUUGCUGAGGACAUGAUGACUCAGCUGUAGAAAUGAGUUAAUAAUUGUACUCCGCAUGCAUGCAAACUCAAGGAACUGCAGACGUAUUUGUGGCAAACAAAACUAGCUAGCAAAUAUAUAUAUAUAUAUAUAUAUUUGCUUCGACAUUAUGAAAAAUAUUUCUCUUUUUCUUCUUUUGCAUGCGCUCAACUAGCUAGCUAGCCAAGAUAUACGUUCUCCGUGUUCCAAUGGAAAUU